GAUCCCCUCUCCCACUCCCUCCACUUUGUUUACUCUGACGUCAUUGACAUGCGCCGCUCACAUGUUCGCAAACUGGAAGCGACUCCCUCACCGGCUCAGGUGAUGCGUCUGAAGUCAGAGGAGCAGCAGACUGAAAUGACACAUAUUUCCUCAGAUAUGUGUGAAAUGCAGCUGAAUGGAGUUUCAGAGGUGAUGGAUCUGCUUCACAUAGACGUGGAGACUGAUGUGGUGGAAGACAGACCUGGAAGAGGAGAUGCACUGUAUUCAAGGAAUGUGUUGAGGAAGCAGCGACACUGGGAGAGACAGCUGGCUGCGAAGAAGAGCAAAAGGAAAGAAGAGAAGCACAGGAGGAAGCUCAACCGUGAGCACGAGUCGGGUGCAAGUGCGGACAAUCCUCAGCUUAGCAAACGGGUCAUGAAGGCGAUCACCAAAGAGCGUUUAGCCGAGGCUCAGUCCACAGGGCUCAAACUCUGCGUCGACCUGAGUAUGACAGACUGCAUGUCUGACAAGGAGAUAAGUCGACUGGCCGGUCAGUUACGACGGCUGUACGGAUCAAACAAGAAGGCGACGCGACCGUUCCACCUGUUCCUGACAGACCUGAAGGAGGACAGUCGUCUGUACAGAGAGUGCAUACGAAUGAACGAAGGCUUCCUCAACUACACGAUGGACAUAACAGAGGAAAGCUGUCUGGACCUGUUUCCUCCAGAAACUGUCGUCUACCUCACACCAGAUGCUGAAGAAGCCUUGGAAACAGUGGAUGCUGACAAAGUGUACGUCCUUGGUGGUCUUGUGGAUGAAAGCAUCCAGAAGAAGCUGAGCUUCUCGAGGGCCACAGAACUCAGCGUCCGCACGGCGAGGCUGCCCAUAGACGAGUACAUGACGAAGAAAAACAACACUAAGAAUUUCCACUCAAAGAUCCUGGCAGUGAAUCAAGUUUUUGACAUCUUGUUGACUUUCUGUGAUACCGACAGCUGGACAGAAGCGCUGCAGGCAUGGUUCCCUCAGGGGAAGGGUUAUGUCGUUGCGCCAGAUUACUCCCUUCCACGUCCAACACAGACUAAACACAUGGAAUAAUGUGCUGCAAUUUUUCUUUUAUUUGGAUCAUGUUUAGUACCAGAUAGGAGUUGAGACAAUGUAACAAGUGCCUGAUGGGAAAGACACUUUCUCAGGAAUAAUUUCAGACCUUUUCUUGAUUUUAAGAGACAAUUUAAAUGUUGGUAGCACACAAAAAUUGACACAGCAGCACAAAAAUCCUUAAUGUUUUGCGAACUAGUCUUUAGUUUGCAAUUAUCUCUAAUAAUGGGAACUCGUGUGCCUCCCUGCAGAGAAUAUAUUCUUGAAACGCUGCUCAUCUAAUUAGUUUUUGUAAAUAAACUCUUAAUAUAAAUGUAAUGACGACACACAAUCUGUUUCCAACUUUUGACCUUCAAGCAGCUGAUUUUUGAAGAAUUUCAGAACUGCUCCUGGUAUGAAAAUGUUCUUUUUCCUCUUGUUUCAUUUAAGGUUUAUUGUAAUUAAAUUAUUUGAAAGAGGC